GAACAAUCUGUAAACAAAUUCAUUGUAUUAGAAGUGUAAACAUACCACUACAACCACAAACUUUACAAGAUAUUAAUAUUCCUAACUACUUAUAUAGAACUAUAAGUAGAAAUCAAUUUUUAG